AUAUAUAACUAUGUGAUAUGAUUUUUAUUGAGUUCGUUUUUGUAAAAAUCUUUUUAAAUGAUAGUGUGCGCACUUGCUUCGAAUUGUAUCAGCUGACAGGCGGAUCAUGUGGAGCAUUUAGCAUAACCAAAAUUAUAAUCGGCGAGGCGGGUCCGAUCGAACUCCGGCGUGCACUGGAUUUAGCUUUUUUUUGGCUUUUUCUUCUACUCCUUCAGAUGCAUUCAGAGAAGAACAAAGAACGUAUCUGGAGAUGCAGAAGGAGAUGGUCGAAGAACGCUAUCGCGCGUGGACAUCGAUAUUGUUAUAUCGAUCAUUUUUUAAUAUGUCUUUCCGAUUCAAAAGAAUCUGGUGACGACAAAUAUUAUUUGUGCGCAAAGAUUAUAAGAAGAAAAAAGAUGUUGAAGAAGGAUGUCGUACUAGUGGCGACCGGCUAG